AUCGAGCAGCAACUCAAGUGCUCCAUUUGUUUAGAUGAAUUCAAAAACCCAAAACUUCUUCGUUGUUACCAUUCAUUCUGCCAAGAAUGUGUUCAAGCACUUYUGGAAAAAGCCGAGGAAAAUACUGUAAAAUGUCCACAAUGCAGAACUGAAAUGAAGAUCCCACAUGGAAGUGCGAAGUUCUUGAAGUCAAAYUUCUUCAUUAAUAAUAUCCUGGAACUAAUGCAGAAAACUCGUCGACGUCGCAAGCAACGAGACCAGAGUGCUCCAUCCGGCGAGCAGCCAUUCGCGCCAUGCACUUGCGAUAAAAAAACCCUUGCAAAGUGUAGAAUVUGUAAUGUUGACAUGUGUGAGUCUUGUAUUGAUGCGCAUUUGAAGAACCCAAGAACGAAAAAACACGAGUUCGUAAGACAAGASUUGGCGCUCUGUACUCAGCACUUGUUUGAAGAGAAAAGUUUUUACUGUGAGCAAUGUGAGGAGUUAUGCUGCAUGAAGUGCAUCGGUUUGUUUCACAAAGAACACAAGAGUUUGGCAGUCAAUUCUGUGGUCAAAACACAGAAAAAGGCUAUUGAUUGGCUACUCGUAAGAUGCCAAGCUAAGAUUCCCAAACUGAACUGGGAAAUUGCAAGGUUUAAAGUCAUGGAAGAAAUGACAAAGAAAAAUGCCAACGACACAAAGUUAGACAUCGAUAAACACUUUGAGACGCUAAUCACAGCCCUUGAGGAGAAACGUCGUGAGCUGAARGACGAAGUUGAAACAGUUGAAAACGAGAAGCUAAAACAAAUCUACCAUGAACAAGAAAAUGUCAUCAUGGCUGUUGAAAGACUGCAAUCUGGUAUUGAAUUUACAGAACAAGCAACAAAGGCAGGYAACGAGAAAGAGUUUCUCUCGAUGAGAAAACAGAUUUUUUCCAGGUUGGAAGAACUAAGUGCCACUGAAAUACCRAGAUCGWCAAUAAAUGGMCGAUGGGACAUCUAUCUUCACUCCCCGUACAAAACCAAUCUUCAUCAAAAUAGUCUUCCUUUAGUGAGCGGGUUUAGAAUUCAAAGCGAUACUGUCAAAUCUGACUUAAAGAUGGUAGGAGGAGAAGAUGGGCUGAUGUACACAACGUUCAUGAACCAGUUACGUAAGUUUGUUAUCACUCUCAAAGACGAAAACGGUAUAAAGAUGGCAUUUGGUGGGCAAGACGUACACGUGGCCAUUCGCGUCCCAUCACAAGCCCAGUCAAGCGGUGAUAAACCAAUAAAUUACGAAGAUAUUGAUGUCGUAGACAACAACAAUGGUACGCACAGUUUUUCAUACGAACCGCGAAUCCAAGGUUCUUAUUACUUGCACAUAACAAUCAACGGCAGGUCGAUGACUGAUGACUUCGAGUGGACCGUGGAAGCACCUCUUGGGUUUGGAGACAGGGCGAACAGGCGUGGAGCUAUUCAGCUAUACCCACCUGUUGGGCAGGCCACUGCAUGGAAUAGGUUUGUAGGUGGGAAAUACUCCUGGAAGAUACGACGAGUACGCUACGAUGAUGACAUUGAGGUUCAUGUAGGUGUCAUGAUGGAUAAGACGAGCAAGAAAUGGGGAUGGUGYAAUGGUAAGCGAGAAGAACCACGAGAACUGUCCUCCAUGAAUGACAUCAGGAAACAAUACAGCGCCAUCAAUUCAUGGCUUGAGCARGAAGAAYUGACUUUCUUCAAUAAUGAAGAAACAGGUCGUUUCAUCAUUUAUCAUGAGGCAAGUGGUGAGACUGAAGUGUUUAAGAGAUGCCCUGGGACUGCUGCUCGACCAUUCGCAUAUCCACCAUCAUACGACAUCUUCUCUAUGGCUGCGAGUCAUUUUGAAAAGAAGCUUUCUAAACAAUCAAACUCGAUGGAUUAGACCUAUCCAAACAAACGUCGUGGAAAU